AUGGGCCACCAUUCUUGUUGCAACCAGCAGAAGGUUAAGAGAGGCCUUUGGUCUCCUGAGGAAGAUGAGAAGCUCAUCAGAUACAUCACCACCCAUGGCUAUGGCUGCUGGAGUGAAGUCCCUGAGAAAGCUGGGCUUCAAAGGUGUGGAAAGAGCUGCCGCUUGAGAUGGAUUAAUUAUUUGAGGCCUGAUAUUAGAAGAGGGAGGUUUACUCCAGAAGAAGAGAAAUUGAUUAUUAGCCUCCAUGGGGUUGUAGGCAACAGAUGGGCUCAUAUAGCAAGCCACCUACCUGGAAGAACAGACAAUGAGAUCAAGAACUAUUGGAAUUCAUGGAUCAAAAAGAAGAUUAGAAAGCCUUCCACAACUUCAAGCACCACAAUAAGUCCUUCUUCUAGUGCUGAUCAUCUUCAGCAUAUGAUCCCCCAGAUGGGUAAUUAUAUGAUAAACUCAAACCAACUAGAUUUUGCAAAUCAAGAUUUGCCAACCCCAAAGCCCCAAGCUCAUCAAGAAACCCUAUUCUCCUCAACAUGCCCUCUCUUCAUGUUUGAUACAAGUCCCAAUAUGGAAGCAGCUCCAGAGAAUUACAGUGCACGUGCAGAGCUUUUCCAGGACAUGGUCUCCGCGGCGGGUUUGAGCUCAUCUGAGCCGUGGAAUCUGAGCCAGCAUCAAGUCCAGGCCUUCCCGCCUCCGGCAAUGUCAUUCAGUACAAGUGCUACCAGUGCUACCAUGGACACGAACUAUUUGCCGCCGUUGAUCGAGAACAUGGACAACAACAUGCUGCCCAAUAUUGAUCAUCAAGUUCAUCAUCAAUCUUGUAACAUUAAUCUUGAUGAGGAGGGAGAUCAUCAGAUGGCCUUGGAAUGCUUGAUGCAAAGGCAGGAGCUGAAUGAAUGGGUUGUGUCCCAGCAACAGUGUUCUAACUAUCUAUUUUGGGACACAGUUCUUGUUGGAGAAGAAGAACACCAUAAUAUUGCACAGCCUGCCGCGUCAUCAAAUGCAGGAGCUAAUACCCUACUGUCUUCUUUUCCUUCAUCUCUAUAA